AUGGCUUUUGAUAAAAAAAAACAAAUUCGCGGUAUUCGGAUUUUAUUAACUGUUUUCUAUGGAUUUUUAUUAUCAAGUAUAUUAUUUCGUUAUGUUAUUCAUGGUAUUAUUGAAACAAUUCGACGACCAACAAAUCCAUAUGCUAUUGCAACGAUUGCUAUCGGCGGUUUGAUUCUCAUUUCAAUUUUUUUGGCUACUUAUGCAACAUGGUUUGAUAAUGCAAUUAUAUUAAUGGUUUCAGGCAUUGUAUUUCUUUUUGUAUUCGGUUUAACAUUGAUCUUUGGUAUAAUACGUAUUGUUAAAACGGCACCUAAUCGUGUAGUAACAACAACGAGAGCUCCUAAUGUUUUGAUAAAUCCGGAUGAAUCAAUCAAUACUCCUACAGCAACAUUAGCAAAUAAUGAUCAAAGCAUUACAGAUACUUAUGCUUUGAUUGAAGAUAUAACUAAAUUGGUAAUCGAAUUGAUUUUUAUACUUUUUGCUAUACUUGCUACAUUUACUUUAAUGCGAUAUAUUAAAUCAAAAUAUGCUGCUGUACCAACACGAGAUCGAUCAUGA